GAGCCAUAUGGUUGUACACACUGGUGAGAAGAAUUUUAAGUGUGAAGAGUGUGGUAAAAGUUAUUCCGUAAAGCGCUAUCUGAAGAAGCAUAUGGUUGUACACACUGGUGAGAAGAAUUUUAAGUGUGAAGUGUGUGGUAAAAGUUAUUACACGAAGAUCCAUCUGAAGAACCAUAUGGUUGUACACACUGGUGAGAAGAAUUUUAAGUGUGGAGAGUGUGGUAAAAGUUAUUACAUGAAGAUCCAUCUGAAGAGCCAUAUGGUUGUACACACUGGUGAGAAGAAUUUUAAGUGUGAAGUGUGUGGUAAAAGUUGUUCCAGAAAGAACGACCUGAAGAGCCAUAUGGUUGUACACACUGGUGAGAAGAAUUUUAAGUGUGGAGAGUGUGGUAAAAGUUAUUUCACAAAAACCCAUCUGAAGAGCCAUAUGGUUGUACACACUGGUGAGAAGAAUUUUAAGUGUGAAGUGUGUGGUAAAAGUUUUUCCAGAAAAGGUGAACUGACGAAACAUAUGUCUUUACACACUGGUGAGAAGAAUCUUACAUGAAAGUUGUGGGGAAAGAUCUUACAGAAAAUGAUGUGGAAAACUGUAUGGUCUUGCAUGCUGGUAGGAACUAUUUCAAGUAUAAAUCCUAUAAUCGAUUAUAACAUGCUCUUCAAAUUUCCUGGGGUUAGGUUCUCAAAAUGGCUACGAAUAACAUUUGCUGACCCUGGGGGAGGGGGCGGUACAUUUAUACUGUACUCAUGUGCAAAGAAAUUUAUAUUUCCUUUAUAUGUUUGCCUUUACGACAAAAACCUGGAACGUCAAUGUGGCAUUUAAAAACUCAUGCACUGUUAAACAAAUGUUAAACAAGAACUCCCCCAACAAGCAUUUAUAAGGUUUCUUGCAAGGAAUGUAAUAUGUUUUACUUA